AAGAUCUGACAACCGCUUCUUCUGAGCGGGCAGUUCCUUUCUCGUCCCCUUCCUCUCUCCAAUCUGCAGGGAAAAAAGACUCCCGUAGCCCAUCGUCAGAUUCACCUCUCUCUACUCCUUCCAAACACUGACGUCCUUACUCCUGUGUAUUACGCUCCUGAUUGAAAAAAACUCCAUUCUGUUCACCGCAUUAGCUCUCCUAACACUACCUGAGCCUGUUCAUAUCCCAGUUGGAUGUAUUCCAGCCAUGUCCGAGGCCUUUGACUUCUUAUCCGGUCAACCUCACUCCAAGUGGAGUGUCCUACGCGAGUGUGCUGUUAAUUGUGGAAUUGGGCACAUAUUCAGCAAAUUGAUUACUGAAAUUGGAGAUCCUGUUGACUUUGAACUUCCAAACUGGUUAAAUAAGUGGCAGCCUAUGUCAUAUGUCAAUAUAAGACGCAGUAUCCUUCUAACUAAGUCACAACAUAAUAGGAGAAAUUGUCAAUUACAAUUAACUAGUUGAUUCUCCUUGGUUUAUAAGGGUGGUCUGCGAUAUCACAUCAUCUAGAGUAUCUUAUAUUCAAGAAAUAAUUUUGUUUUUUUGAAUGUGAUUUACAUCAUUGACUUGUAUAUACAUGAACUGAUUAACUAUUUAAGAUAUAUACCAUACUAAGAGAAUUAAGAAGCGUUUGAAAGAUGAUGGCAUUUUUUGUUCUUGCAACUCAGUUGGUGGAUCUCCUGCUGUGUGUGGUAGAGAUUGCCUUUGCAGACAGAGAAAUGUGGCUCUGGCAUUGUGGCAGAUGAAGAUAUUAAGCGCAAAGAGUUUGUUAUAGAAUAUGUUGGGGAAGGUGAGAGAUUCAGUUUGUAUAUUUUGGUAAGAUCAUAAUUAUAACUCUGCACAGUAUUUUCGGCAUGCAAGAAAAUGUUUGCUGCAGUUAUUGAUGACAAGACAUGCGAGGAGAGGCUCUGGAAAAUGAAGCACAGUGGGGAAACUAAUUUUUACUUGUGUGAAAUCAACCGGGAUACUGUUAUUGAUGCAACUUACAAGGGAAACAAAUCAAGAUACAUUAAUCACAGUUGCUGUCCUAAUACUGAGAUGCAGAAAUGGAUGAUUGAUGGAGAAACAAGAAUUGGCAUAUUUGCAACGCGUGACAUAAAAAGGGGCGAGCAUCUAACCUAUGAUUAUAAGUAUGGGUGAUGUGAUUAUAAUUUAUUACAGAGUAUUUCUGAGCUCUAAACUUGAGUCUAUGCAGCCACUUAGGCUCUACCUUUCCAAAGUACAAAAGGGUAAUUGUCUCAAAAUAUUGUGGGGCAAUUAGUUAGCGACUGGGUGCCCCUUCAGUCACCUAACCUGACUUUUAUAUGAGAAUUUUCAAGUACCCCAAUGGAGUAAGGAUUAUAUUGGGCGAAGUGUUGUUACUAUCUAAGCAUCCCAAUGGAGUAAGGAUUAUAAUGGGCUAAGCGUUAGUUUUCUGCUUUAUGAAUUUAUUCUAUUGGGUUGUUUCAUGUGUUUUUGCAUGAAAUUAACAUGUUGGUACCUUACGUUUUUGAGGCAAAUCCUGUAUAAAUUUGUCUAAAAAGGGUAGCAGGUUUGUACAGUUUGGUGCAGAUCAGGAUUGCCACUGUGGAGCGGAAGGCUGUAGACAAACACUUGGUGUCAAACCAACCAAGACCAAGAUAUCUUCAUCAGAUGCUGCAUUGCAUUUAGUGGCCUGCCAGGUGGCUGCUACUUCUCCCAAAGUGAGAGCACUUCUAUCUGCAAGAGAGGUAAUUGUCAACUACGGCGUAUUAAGGUUUAUUUUUACCAAGAGAGUUAUGAAUUAUGAUAGGUCUUGUCACAGUUGCUACUGGCCACUUUAGCAAUUUAUUUUGAAGUACCAACUGAAUUUUACAGUAGAUCUGCUGAAUGUUUACCCUGGUUGAGCCGGGGGUCUCUUGGAAACAGCCUCCCUACUUCUGAGUAGGGGCAAGGUCUGCGUACACCAUAGUUGUGAAUGGCGCUCGCCAUUCUCGCCUAAGGCGCCUAUGGCUUUGUGGCGACCAUCUGACGCCAUCUUCAGACCUGGCGAGGCGUUUUACGCCAAUCUCGCCAUAGGCGGUCGCCAUGGACGCCAAACGCUGUGGCGAAAGGCGUUUGCUAUCUACGCUUAAUGCAGGUCAAGGGU